AAAAGGGGUUAGGUUGGCCACCAAAGAAAAAAGGCCGCAGUAUCCAACAGGGAGCGAUUGACCGACAAUUAAGGAACACCGCCGCAUUGAGGAAUUGGUUAGGAAGUAUGGAGAACACGGAGAAAGAACAGGGACGAGACGAGGCAGAUUAUUUUUUGAGUUAUGUCAAAACUCAACAUGGUUAUCAAGUUUAUUUACUUUUUGAGGAAUUAAGCCCUAAUUGUGAAAUAUUUCACCGCGAUAGUUGGCGAGGCAUUAAAAGAAAUGUCGGUAGCAUAUUAAGCAAAGGUCGGCAGGUUCAAGGGGAAUUGGCCGCAAUACUUAAAAAAUUUUUCUUUGAAAUUGAUUUAAAAGGAAAUAAUGCGGAAAAAGCCGAGCAAAAACAAGUUAUUAAUAUAAAAUCUACUGAAAGCCCAAAAACCGAGCAAAUUACAAGCAAAAUUCCUUAUAAACUUCUUAAAUUAGAAAAUAUACUGAUAACCAGCAAGCAAGCCACCAAAAGGGCUAAUCAUUACCGAGUUAAUUACUUGGAUAAAUGGCAAAAUCCAGGUUUCUUUUUCAUGGAUGGUUAUUUCCGGGACAAAAAAGAACUAAUUCAGCCGAAUUUGGUGGUUGUAUUUCCGCCUCAAGAGGAAUUCGAAAGAGUGGUUAGGAGAGUAAGUAAAAGCGAAAAAAGAACUAAUAUUGGUUUACCUCCUAAUGCGAGCAGUGAAGAAAAAGCUAAAUAUAAGUUUUGUAAGACU